ACAACUUGUGAUACAUCUUCAUCCCCACAGCUGGCAAGUCAGAAUCAUCAGGCUUUAUGCUUUCCUGGGUGAUGAAAAUCACUGGUCAGGUUUUCCAAAGAGAUUAAGUUUUAAGUAGUCAACAUUUAAACCCCAAAGCAGCAAGAGCCAUCUGGCUUUAUGUAAGGUCCCUCCCAAGUCCAGAAAUCUGCUGAUGUCAAAGAAUCACAGCGAGAGCUGGUGGGAGCCAAAUUCUUCUUAAACCAUGUAUUUCCCCUUUCCUCUAUCAAAAAGCGGUACGGUUAGCACCAAGCCCACGCACUGUGACGAUGCACCCGGGGGAGUCUGGUCCCUCUCCGCGCCCCCCCAGCUGCAAGGGCCGGAGUCGAUGCCGAUUCCAGUGCCCGGGGAAGCGGAUCCCGGCCGCUGGCCCCAGCCUGCCCCCACAUCCGAGGCCCCGCGCUCCGGCAUUUCCGACCCCGUGAUUUCCCCAUUCAGCGGGGCAGCCGUUUCGCAUCCAUGGAACGUCGAGGGGGCGGCGGCGGCGGCGGUCUAUUGUCAAAUAUCUGGUUCUGGCGAAGUGUUGCUGGAGUCCUUACUGCUGCUGUCAUUUUGAUUUUGUGCAUUCAGUUUGUAAACCAUUCUUCAGCCAAAGACUUUCCUAUCUGUCCUUCCCUGGAACUCUGUCCAUCAGGUUGGCUGUAUUUCCAGAGGAAAUGCUACUACCUCUCAGAGAGUGAAGACAACUGGAACUCCAGUCAGAGCUUCUGUGCUUUGCACAAUGCUUCCCUCUUGGUGAUAGAAAAUCAUCAGGAACUGAGUUUUAUGAUGAAGGUAACAAAGCAAGACCCAUGGAUUGGACUCUAUAGAAGGAAUGAAGAGUUCUUUUGGGAUUGAAGUAAAAGGCUCUGGAAACUGUGCCUAUCUUGAGUCAAAAGGAGUCUCUGCCUCUGGAUGUUAUUUAACCAGGAAGUGGGUCUGUAGCUUGAAUAACAGCUUAGCAAGGUAAAAGUGGAGAAGCCACCAAUCCUGACAGGUAGUGCUCUGAUAUGAUGUCUACACAAUCUGUGUCUAUGCUCUGGGACCUGGGAACAUGGCUCCUGCCUGGAGGCGAUUGACUUUUCUGGUAGCCAGAAUUCUCUACCCAUGGAGGAACCCUCUGUAGGGAACCCUAUUUUAAAGAUAUUCAAAAGGCUUGCUUCAACAUCUUGAUGAGUCAUUUCCUUGCCCCAUUUUUCUAGCUACUUCUCAGCCUGUAUGGGUAUUUUCAUUGUGUCAUCAGUAUUUCUUCCAUUAACUCUUCUCUUGUGGGAUCCUGAGCGACUGCUUUCUUUUUCUUUUUGGUGUGCAGUUGGAGGUAUUUGUUCUGCUUUUCCCUCAGCCAAGCUCUGGGUGUAGAGAUGAGUUGUGAAGUGGGUCUGCCUGAAAGGUCUGCCAGUGCCUCUCAGGCACAGGGCUGAUGCAGAAAUGAGCACUGUUGUUUUAGAUGAGAUAAUUGCAGAUUUCACACUCCUGGUUUGAUGGGGACUUGUGUGACUAUGCAUUUGCAUUCGUUAUUUUGUUACUGUUAUUUUAUAUUAAUCUUGUUAAAUUAGCUUGACAGUAUUAGCAUCGGGAUUUGUGUAGCUGCACUGCACCUGAAGUUCUCCUUUGCACAGCACUUACCUUACCAAAAAAAGUCAGAAUAGGCAGAAUAUUUGUUUACUAUGCACUGUUGGGGAAAAAAAGAGUUUGAACUGAAGAAGUAAUAGUGAAGCUGCAGGCAUUUAUGUUGUAAAGUUAGAAAUAAUCCUCAGUGCAAAUAGGCAAAAUCAUGAACAGAGAAUAAGAGAAUUGAUAGCAAAGGAUGUUUUCCUCAUGUCCUGUGCCAAUUAGAGUGUGGGGCUUCCAAGCAAGCAAUACAUUUCUGGAUGAACAAUCAGUGUUUUGUUCUGUGAGUGCAUAUCAUGUUCAGCAGCAACACCUGAUGCUGUUGAAGUGCUGCGGGCCUGAACGGCAUUGGGGCGGAGUCCCGCUGAACUCUGUCCACUCGUGUCUAGGAGAUACCCUGACAACUAAAAAUGUUAGACCCAGAGGAAGCAAAACAGCUUAUUUUCCUGGAGGGACUGUUCCUGUCGGGUUUUUAGAAAAGGACGAAUGGGGAACUUGCGUGUAUAGCAGGGCAAAAUACUUCCCUGUUUGGAAUAAAAUCUGUAAAAUGGGUUUUCUCGUGAUCAAGAUGCUAUACGCAGGUAUUAGAAAGACAUGUAGAUGUACCCCUUACGGACACAGUUUAGUGGUGAACUUGGAAGUCUUCGGUUUACAGUUGGACUCAAUGGUGUUAAGGGUCUUUUCCAACCUAAAUGAUUCUGUGAUUCUGUAGGGAGGACUAUGGACUUUGGGACUUGAAGGAACAAAUGGAGCCGUUUUUGGAAUAGCCGCUAGAGUGCACUGUAGUUUCAGGGAAGGGAAGGUAAUUGUGUUUUCUCAUUUUUCAAGAAUGUAAAAUUGCACCAUGUUUGACAGGUUAUUUAGAGUGUUGUUGGUUCAUUGGGCUUUUUGUUCUAUUUGUAAUUAUUUUUGUCUUCACUGGGUUUUUAUGCAAAGUUAAUUGCUGUCUGGUUUUGUUCAGUGUCUUGUUUAUGCUUUUGUUAAUUUCUGUAACAAUAGAACUUCAUUGUAACGGGAUGGUGCAGUAUAGAUACUGUUAACAACUUAUUACUUUAAGAUGUUUAUUUAUAUAUGAUCACUAAUUUUACUGAACUACACUUUUUUAAAUUGCUUGUAUUCUUUAUAGGCACAGUAACAGGACUCUACGGUUUGAAUAGCCUAAUAAUCUAUGUGUUAAUUUAUAUGUAACUAGUUGGGAGAGGUUAUUCUGCAAUGUUUUAAAAUUAACUAGCCCUGAAGGAUAUGGCGUGUGCAAUAGUCCUGAAAAGAUACUCAAUAAAUAUCUUUACAGAGCCUCUGAA